GCGCUGCUGCUGCUGCUACUACUGCUGUCGCUUACCUGCGUCUGCAUCGAGACCGAACCCACACCGUGUCAACCCGUACGGUUUACCCCGUAUUCUUAUACAGGGAAAUUGAGUUUGCAGGUCCAUACGGCAUACAUCCGUUUCAAUACGGACAAACGAAAAUAUUCUCCCUUGUGACGGGACCUCGUGGGAUGAACGUUGCGAUUUAUACGGGGCACGGGGUGACCAUUAAGGUCUGAAUUGGUCUGUAGAAAGGUAGGGCACUGAUAGGGUACCUGAACCUGCAACCCGAGCAGAAUAGACAACAAUGUCGUCCUUGACGUCUUUCCUCUCUGGUCAAAAAGACCUCCUGCCCACCUUCGAAACGCUCAUCACGGGCGUGCUCAUACCCAUCAUGUCUAGCCUGACGGGUGUCUACUUUAACAUGCUCGCCUUCCGCUGCCCCUGCGCCCCGGCCGAGAAUGUCGAGUAUGGCUGGAAAGCUCUGUUCAUCCCUUUCGCCAUCAUCCUCAUGGUGUCUUUCGCCAUCCAGCUGAGGUCGAUCGCGGUGGUGAACAGAUCGCUGUGCCGCGACUCCGUGUGCCCCCACAUGUGCCUCUUCCCGUUCACGGCGUUCAUGAAGCACGGGGCUUUCAUCGUUGCGUCGCUCGCUUGGAUCGUCGUUGCCUACUUCCACGGCAAUGUGCCGAUCUGCAUCGAGGUCAUGAGCCUGGACUGGCGCCACCGCUUCUCGGUGCUCGCCCCGAGCCUCUCGCGCAUGAGCGAGGAGGAGAGACGCGGGGUGCUUGCCAUGGUGCCCUGCGCGAAUCAGGAUCCUCUGCAAGGACUCGUCCCCAACGGCACCAGCAAGGAGGUGCAGUUGGUUAUCGUCAACUACCUCCACGCGACCGCUCAGGACACGGCAUGGCUAUUUUUGCUAGCCAUGACAGUCGACAUACUCCUCAUGCUCUCUGUUCAGAAGCUCAUCUUCAAGAAUAUCGCUCAGGUUCAGGACAAAUACGUGCAGUGUGAGGAGCAGUUAAUCAGAGAGAAGACGGAGGAGCUGCAGCCCUCUCCACAUCUGGGCAAGUCGAUGCCGGGGCAACCACCCCAGCCGAGGGAUGUAGAGGAGACUGAAAUGGCACAGCUUCUGUGCAGCGGCAACGAGAGACAAAAACAGGACAAGCAAGGGAACCAACAGAUGGUUUAAAUCCGGACAGUAAUGCUGUGGUGGAUGUGAGCAAAGCCAUGAAGGGAAGGCCAAUUUCAAGUGGCUAUACUGCUCAUGGUGACUGUAGCCACUGCAGAGGUAAAAUGGGGUCUCUAGAUGGGUGUAGGGGGCUGGUAACCCCUCCUGCUUCAAUUCAACUACCACAAAACUACUUGCAAAAUAUCGAACUAAGCUGGUACAGGAAAACCCGGCGGGAAAGCCGUCUAUGACAACUCCCACCACUCCUCACCUUCUCAUAAACCCGAGGUGGCUGCUUACCCCCUCACUGAAGAUGAACAUCAAUGGAGGGAUUAGGCAAGAUGCCUGCUACAGGUGCUAACUAAAGUGACCCCUCGAGAUAGAGCAAUCCUGUUGGGUGACUGUAAUGCCCGAGUUGGUCAUGAUGCUGGCACAUGGGAUGGAGUGAUUGGAAGAUAUGAGCCAAAUUAGGUAAAUAACAACGGUAGGAGGCUGCUCGACUUCUGUGUAGCCCAUUGGCUUGUAAUUACCAACCACACUGUUCUGGAAUUGGCGCAUCCACACAACAUAAUGGAUGGAUGUCGGGUCCAAACAAGAACAUCUGCUGGACUAUAUAGUAACGGAACAGUGGAUGCAGGUACAUGUCCUUGACACCAGGACCUACCUUGAAGCUGAUCUGCUGCCCACUGACCAUCGGCUUAUCAUCUGUAAGAUGCACAUAGCAAUCUUCCAUUUAAUCCCACAAUGGCCUGAUCUCAGCUAGCUGAUGACAGUGGCAAGCACGAAUUUCAUCAUUGCUUGCAGCUAGGAUUGGC